AUGCGCGUCCUCGCCGUCGCGCCCGCGGUCGGGCCCGCGCGCGCGACGAAGGCGUCCGCGCCGACGCGCCGCGCCGCGCUCGCGAUGUUCCUCGCCCCCUCGCUCACCGUCGUCGCUCGAAACGACGCCGCGAUGGCGAAGACUGAUUACGAAACCGACGCCAAAGCCGUGCUCGACGCGCAGCGCAAGCUUCUGCGCGACGGCAAGGGCGACGCGUACGCGACGUACCGCAAAGCCGCGGACGAGUUUUUCGCGACGUACAAGUUUGAUCACAAAGGACACACGAAUUCGUUUUCGCAGACGACGAACCUGGACGUCAUCGUCGAGACGCAGCGCGAAUAUUUAGACGCGAAGGGAUUGAAGUGGGAUAAAACGCAAGUACCACCGUCGAGCAGUAACAAAGGAGCGAUGCUCGAUGCGUAUCUGGCGAACGGAGAGCGAUGCUUGGUGAAGGAGGCGUACCCGCCUUUUGGCGAGAUUCGCAAAGACGAGUCGAUGCUCGCUGAAUGGAAGGCGAUCGAGUGCACGCAAGGUUUGGUGAAGCCGAAGUAG